GUCAAAAUAAGGAGUCGAAAAACAACACAAAGCGGAGAGAAGAAGAAGAAAGGACUUUCCUAAUUGGAUCAGUGGUUGCUGCGUCGACAUGGUAAGUCAAGCUGCAGAGAUUAUGGGAGAGAGAGUGGUGGACUGGUCGGAUUUUCCAAAGGAACUAUGGUCACCGAUCGGCAAAAGCCUCGACACCGGCAUCGAUGUUCUCCGAUUUCGCAGCGUCUGUAGCUCAUGGCGUUCCUCUAUCCCUCCCUCUCACCCCAACUCUCCUCGCUUCCCUUUUCAAUUUCCUCACCCUUACGAUGCCUUUCCAACUCAUCUCUGCCAGAGUACUAUAUACUGUAUUCAACCUUUAGAUUCUUCUUCAACUUCAACUGCUGCAACUUCUUCGCAUAUUAAGGGCUACUUGAUCAAGGUUCAGGAGUCAGCUUCAGGCAAGUUGCGUCUUCUAGAGCCACUCGCCAGCUAUCCUAUCCGUUCGUAUCCUCGUAAUACAAAGACUUUGAACUUGCUCAACUUUCGGAUCGUCGAGAUAACUAAAGCGUACACGCUUCGAUUUGGUUCUUUCGGACGCGCCGUGGUCGAAGAUGAACGAAGAUAUCGUCACAGAUCUGUUCCUGGCGUGAAUAAAGUAGUGAUGUUUCCCAACUCCACAUGGACUAAUGCAGAAGGGUGUGCAAUUUUUGUGAUUUUUCUCGAUGGGAAGUUGGGCUUUGCAAAAUAUGGGGAGGACAAGCUGACCUUUGUAGAUGAUCAUAGAUCUGACUACGAUGAUAUAAUUGUUUAUAAGGGUCAAUUCUAUGUUGUGGAUAGAUUGGGAGUAGUUUUUUGGAUUGAAUGCUCGUCCCUGAAGUUGGUACAGUUCUCACCUCCACUUUGUGGAUUGGGUAGCCGGAAGCAUUUGGUGGAGUCAUGUGGAGCUCUUUAUGUUGUUGAUGAAUACUUAUACAAGGAACGAGGUAGAAUGGAGGGUAACAGAUCUUAUUUUAACAGACGACGGGAACUUCACAAUACAAUUGAUUUCAAAGUGUACAAGUUGGAUGAAGAGUGGGGUCAAUGGGUUUUGGUCAAAAGCUUGGGCGACAGAGCAUUUAUUCUGGGUAGUGAUUGUACUUUCUCUGUUUCGGCUCAAGAAUUUGUUGGAUGUAAACGGAAUCGCAUUUACUUCAUGGAACUUGAAGAAAGUCGUGCUUUCAAUCUAGAGGAUCACUGCAUUGCUGAUUUAGCAUUUUCCCCAGAUCCCCCAAGUUGGCUUUGCGCUACUAAUCUCCAUGAAUUGAUUUUAACCACAUAACAGCCCAUGAUGGUGGUUUGUAUAUUAAGAGACAGAGGCUUCAAUCAUCCAUGUUAUAUUUAAAGCCAGGUUUCAAGUCGAUCCUUGUAUAAAUCUAGCUACUUUUGACCUUAAAAUCCAAUUUCCUGUUCUGGGUAGAAAUGUUGGAUAGGCAAACUCUCGUGAGUUGCAAAACAAUUAGAGAUGGGGGAAUUAUUUUGUGUUGGAUGCUAUAUUGAGGGGUCUAGAGUCUAGACGCACUCUCCCCUCUAGGGAGGAAGUUCAAAUGGAUGAAAAUCAUGAAACUCUUGGCUGCUAGAAAUGCGAGAUACUUAUACAAGCUCCAUGCAUUCUUUUU